UAGCAGUGCUGCCAACGCCAAGACGACGUCCUAUGACCUCCAGGCACCGAGGUAGUGAGAGGAGGCUGAAUCCUUCCCAAGGUGGCGCCUUCCCACUCUUUUCAUACCUCUGAACCGACCUCCAGCGCCACACCAUGCAUGGCAGAGAGCCCUGGCCCUGGCAGCACCCGCGAGACGCCGUCGACCCACGGAGCAGGCACAAGGCUGGUGCGUAUUUUCAAGUUCAAAUCUUUCGUUAAAGUUGGAUAGAAAAUAUGAAGAUGGCGUGUAUGAAGUAAAGAAGCAUUCAUAGCAGAAUCUCCAACAUGGCAGAGCCCCACCCGCAGUACCCCAAUAAAAUCCACAAGGUUACGCAGACUGGCUUUGAUGGGCCACAGCUGCUCCACCAUCCAACUGCCAAUGUAUAUGGAAAUGUGCAUUUUGAGGACAACACCUUUGUGAAGGAGCAAAAUAAACUACGCACCCAGAUUGAAAUGUGGCUUCAAUCUGGUGAAAAGCCGUACGAGUGUGAUGGAUGCAAUAAAAGGUUUGCACAGAAAAGUCAUCUGAACAGUCACAUGCUGGUUCACACUGGUGAAAAGAAGUUUGAAUGUGACUUAUGUGGUAAAAAAUUCACAAUGGAAAGCCACCUGAAUGGACAUAUGCUAGUACAUAAUACCGAGAAAAAAUAUGAUUGUGAAGUAUGUGGUAAACAGUUUGUUCAGAAGAGCCAUCUCAAUGGCCAUAUGUUAGUACAUAGUGAGAAGAAGUUUGGUUGUGAAAUAUGUGGUAAGCGAUUUAUUCUGGAAAGUCAUCUCAAUAGCCAUAUGCUUGUGCAUAGCGAAAAGAAAUUUGCAUGUGAGCUGUGUAACAAGAGAUAUACUCACAAAAGUCACCUCAACAGCCAUAUGCUUGUACACUGUGAAAAGAAAUUUGAAUGUGAGGUCUGUGGCAAAAGGUUCAUUCAGCGUAGUCACCUAAACAGCCACAGGUUCGUGCACAGUGAGGAGAAGAGGUUUGAAUGUGAGGUGUGCUGUAAAAGGUUCUCUCAAGAAAGUCAUCUCAAUAGCCACAGAAUUGUUCACACUGAAGAGAAAAGGUUUGAGUGUGAAGGAUGUGGGAAACGAUUUGCCCAGAAAAGUCAUCUAAAUAGCCAUCGGUUUGUACACAGUGAAGAGAAAAUGUACGAGUGUAAGGAGUGUGGCAAGCGCUUCACUCAGGAGGUUCACCUCAAUAGCCACAGAUUUGUGCAUAGUGAUGAGAAAAAGUUUGAAAAUCAGGAUUGGGGUAAACGGUUUUCACAAGAAAAUCAUAUAAAUGGGCAUAGAUUUAUUCAUAAUGAACUAAAAAGAUAUGAAUGUGACAAAUGUGGCAAGAGGUUUAUGUUGAAAAGUCACUUGAACAGCCAUAAGUUUGUGCACAGCGAGGAAAGAAAAUUUGAAUGCCUCGAAUGCGGCAAAAGAUUCACUCAAAAAAGCCAUCUCAACAGCCACAGAUUUGUACACAGUGAGGAGAAGCUGUACGAGUGUCCGGAUUGUGGGAAACGCUUUGCUCAGCAGAUUCACCUAAGUAGUCACAGAUUUGUGCACAGCCUAGAGAAAAAAUAUGAAUGCGAAGAGUGUGGAAAGCGCUUUACUCAGGAAAGUCAUCUCAACAGCCAUAGGUUUAUGCACUCAGAGAAAAAGGGGUUUGACUUUCAGGAUUGUACUAAGUUGCUGCCUCAAAAAAAUCAUUUGAACAGCCUGGUUGUGCCAGUAGUGCCAACUGAAGAGAAGGCACCAGUAACUUAUGAGGAGACUGGAAAGAUCUUCACUCCCCAGCCAUACCAACCUGCUUACUCUUACGGUCAUCUUACUGGACAGCUGUCAGACAAGGUUCGGACUCUAUGGCCUCUGUAGCCAAGGUUCGAAGCUGUCUUACAGCUGCUUGGCAAAUAAAAAAAAAAAUGAUUACUGAUCAUGUAAUCAAGCACAUUAUAUGUUUUUGAAUUGUCUCGGUGUUAAUAUUGGGCAUACUCAUAGUGACACUAGUAAGAAUUAGGGAGUAGCUAAGUAAUGUAUAUUGUAUGGGGUAGGAAUACGUCAACACCCACAGACCAAAUCUGUAAACUUGGUGCAUUAUGGUCUAUUUUCUGUCCAUGAGCAAACACGUUUCUUAAAUCUUACCUUGAGUUUACAUUCAUUUAUGUACAGUACAUUGUUGAUAUUUCAGUGAUUUUUUAAUUGUUUCCAAACUAAUUAUAGUAUCACUCAGCUUUAAAAUGAAAUAUAUAUUUUGAUGAAUACCUUAGAAAAUGCUGAUGUGCAUUGUCUCCAUGAUGUAAUAUGGGCAUCGUGUACUGAUUAUAUAGAAGGGUGCAGCUCUUAUGGUUUUCCUUGUUUGCACUCUUAGGUAAUGCAGUAUCCUACUACACUACUCUAGGCAGAGUAUACUAUUCACUUUGCUACCGUGAGUCAGGUAAAAGGGUGCACAACACAUUCCAGUUUCAUCAGAUCCUCCACUCUCUCCCACUCCCAACCCCCUAUGCAAUGUACCUCGCAUGUAGCAUACCUAUUCUGAAAACAUUUUUUAGGAUUGAACUAACUGGUUUCCUUUGCUCUCGAUGAUGGAAUUUAAAUUGUCAGCUGAUGCAAAUUAUAUUUGUAAAUUGCUCAGCAAUUUCAAUCUGUUUUCCAUGUAAGACUGAUAAAGUCAAAGCAAAUUUAGUCUAUUUUAGUUAUCUUUAAAAAAAAAUUCAUACUAAACUAUCAGCGAUAAAUAUGUUGUAUUUUUGGGGAAAGUGCUUGAAAAUGUUGGAAUCGUAUUAGCAUUUGUGCUGCAUUUUAGUGUUCACACAUAGAAUGAACAAUACAUCAGUAACGAGGAGGGCGAGGGUCGCUGCAGUAGCAGCCAUAUUAAUUACAAAUACUGUCUGUAACUAGUAAGUCACAAUACCUUAGCUGAAAAUUAAACACCCAACCCACACAUCUGAAAAUAAAGGGAGUGACAAUGUUUUGAUAUGUCACAAAACUUGAUAAUUGUCCAGGAUGGACCAAAACGUCAUUACUUUAUUUCAAGAUGUGUGUUGGAUAUCUAAUUAGAAACAGUUUUCGUUAAUGAGGACACCAGUAGUGACUUUAUUGACACAUUUAAAUACAAUCAAGGUACAGUAUAUUAAAAGACCUUGUAUUUAUUAUACUUUUUAGUUAACACCUCAUCUAUCUCAUAUGUUUGUGUAAUGUAUGCUUAUAGGCCUUAUUUUGUUAAUAACCUCACUGAUGUCAAAAAUACAUGAUGUUAAUACGGUACUAUGAAACGAUUCAAAAUCAUUCAGCCCAUUCUAACAAGACAGUUCUCGGUACCUUAAGAUAGCCUACCAAUUGUGGGAUCACUCUUAAGAAAUGUCUAUUCUAUCAUUUUUAUAUAUUACAGUACUAUAUUGUACUGUACUAUACAGUACAGUACAUUCCCUGUACUGCUUAAUAUUCUUCAUUUACUCUUUGCCUAUUUUGGCAAGUGCAAGCUAUACCAUUCUACUAUUAGACAUACAGUCUAUUGUGGUUGUGGUUCAAUUUAUAGCUAGAAAGAACUGACUGAGGCUUACUUAACCCUUAAACUGCGCAAAACCUCAUGAUGUCUGACAUUGAGCUCAGUUUUCUAAAUUUUCUGAAACUCUUUCAAAUGUUU